AUGGAGGUCGACCCAGACUUGGCGCUGUUCCACAAGCAGAAGGAGUUGAAGGCACAGGCCCGUGAGGAGAAGGCUAGGAAGGCCCUAGAGCGCAAGGAAAAGGCUGCUGAAAAAGCUGCUGCAAAGGCAGCUGCGAAGGCAGCUGCGAAGGCAGCAAAGGCCGAAAAGGCAGCUGCUUCUGGGAAGCGCAAAGGGAGCCAAUCAAAGGAAGAGGACAACGAAGAGGGCAAUGCCAAGAAGAGCAAGAAAUCCGAGCCUAGCGAUGAAAGCGCAGGAAAGCAGAACAAGGCAGGAGAAUUAAUUGAGUUGGAGCCUGCAUUCAUGGUUGGCCUCACGAGACCAACAUCUGAUGAGUGUGCACAGAAGUCGUACACUGUGUAUCCGGGCGACACUGUGGAUGAUGGCUGCAAGAUUCAGGUAGUUCCAUACCAAAACCUGUUCUAUGUGAAACACACAGCCGACACGGAGUUCUCGAAUCUUGUUCGGAAAGCCUUGGCUUUGCAGAUCAACCAGAAGUCGGGCACGAAUGUCAACUACAAGAAGUUGGGCAUGGCCAAGGCGUUUAAGGUUGCAAAAGUCCUAGCAGGAUGGGUGGUCAAAGCGGAUCGGAAACUCAGCUCGGAUGAAGCUGUGAUGGUGGCUGUGGAUCACGUACACUAG